CCUUCAGUAGAUAUUUAGUACAAGAUGAGAAGACAGUAGACGGGAGAGUGCACAACUUUCAGCAGGAAGAUAAAACACGCACAUUGCUUACUUUCAUUUUUUUUUACAUAUAGGCUAUAUUAUUAUUAUUAUUAUUAUUAUUAUUAUUAUUAUUAGGUCUAUUUCACUUUUUUUCUUGCAGGAAAACUGGAAUGUGUGUAUGGCGGCAUUUAGCUAUCUGAUGAAAGGGUCCCACCUUCUAUAAAGAGCCUGGACGCUUAUGUUUUUGCUUCUCAUUCGACUGAAAUUGACCAGGAAGACGUGAUUUUUUUUUUUUUGACGGAUCUUAUGGUUGGAGAUGAUGUUUGGGAGUGAAGGCGGCUUGGUGUCGGCGCUCCUCGCGCUUCUCCGUUCCGUGCUUCCGGCGCUGCUGCUGCUCGCGCUGUCGCGGCGGCUGUGGGCGCUCAGGUGGAGCGCGGCCCGGGACAGGGCGUGCGCGCUCCCGCUGCCGGAGGGCUCCAUGGGCUGGCCGCUGAUCGGAGAGACCUUCCACUGGCUCUGUCAGGGUUCCAGUUUUCACAUCUCCAGGCGAAAGAAACACGGGAAUGUCUUUAAGACCCACCUUCUGGGGAAACCCGUGAUCCGUGUGACUGGUGCUGCAAACAUUCGUAAGAUCCUGCUCGGUGAACACACACUGGUGAGCACACAGUGGCCACAGAGCACGCGCAUCAUCCUUGGACCAAACACGCUUGUCAACUCGGUCAGUGAGCUGCAUAAGAAGAAAAGAAAAAUCCUGGCAAGAGUGUUCAGCCGGGCAGCACUGGAGAUGUAUCUGACACGCCUUCAGGAUGUGGUGAAGGGUGAAAUCAGUAAGUGGUGUGCCGAGGCUGGCCCUGUGGAAGUUUAUACUGUUGCAAGGUCACUUACAUUCCGCAUUGCUGUGCAUGUCCUGCUCGGCCUGAGGCUUGACGAGCAGCGCAUCACUCACCUCUCCAAGACCUUUGAGCAGCUCAUGAACAACCUGUUCUCUCUGCCUGUGGAUGCGCCUCUCAGUGGCCUGCGCAAAGGGAAAAAAGCACGAGACAUUCUGCAUGCAGAGAUGGAGAACAUCAUCAAGGAGAAACUGAAGAAGCAAAACACAAAUGAGUACUGUGAUGCUUUUGACUACAUGCUGAGCGCUGCAAAGGAAAAUGAUUACAGCCUGACCAUGCAGGAGCUCAAGGAAAUGGCAGUGGAAUUGAUUUUUGCUGCACACUCCACCACAGCAAGCGCGUCCACGUCGCUCAUACUUCAGCUGAUGCGCCAUUCUGAGGUCACGGAGCGCGCAAGGGCCGAACUGGAGGCCGAAGGUUUAAUCGUGGAUGCUCCCAGCUCUUGUUGCUUAUGCUGCAAUGAAAACAGCAACACCUGCCCAAACAGUGAGGCUGAAAAGUGCACACGGCAGCCCUGUCUUAAAUCCAAACCUCUGCUCGAUAAAACAACCUGCUCUGACAGACAAGAAGCUCAUCGAUCGUGGAUCAACGUCCCAUAUUUGAGUCUGGAGAAACUCAAUCAGCUGUGCUACUUGGACUGCGUGGUGAAGGAGCUGCUUAGAUUUUUACCACCAGUGUCUGGGGGAUACAGGACAGUGCUGCAGACGUUUGAGCUGAACGGUUACCAGAUCCCAAAAGGCUGGAGCGUCAUGUACAGCAUUCGUGAUACUCACGAGACUUCUGCUGUGUACACAAGCCCAGAGCUGUUUGACCCUGAGCGCUUCGCCAUUGAUCGGGACGAGAGCAAAAACAGUCGGUUCAGCUAUGUGCCAUUCGGUGGUGGCGUUCGCAGGUGCAUCGGCCGUGAGCUUGCCUUACUCGUGCUCAAAACACUCAGCGUGGAGCUGUUGGCCACAGCCGAAUGGAUGCUAGCCACAGAGACUUAUCCCAACCUGCAAACAGUGCCCAUCGUUCACCCAGUCAACGGACUCCACGUCCAUUUCAACUACAGGAAUCAUAUGGGGGCAAGAAAUCGCAGGGAGUCCACACACAUAUAAAAAAUAAUAAUAAUAAUAUUUAUCAGUUACUUUUAUGAGCCCACUUCAUGAUUUUUGAACUGCACUGGAGUGUUUUCCACAAGCCCAUGAACAAAAUCAGCCCACAGAGUGGCUGAAGUGUAUUUCAAAAAUGAAUUGAUCUUCAUAAGGUAAAUAAAAAGUCUAGGCAGUAACAUAAAGGGUGUCUGCUGCUAGCAAAUCAACAAAUGCCUAAGUUGUCUUGCCCCAGUAUGGUAGAAAGAUGAACAAAUGAACAGAGAAGAAGGACAGAUGUAUUUUUAAAUUACUCAGAAUCAUGAUCACUGAUUGUGAAAAGACUGGAUAUCGAUAGAACUGAGUUGAUUACACAGAACCCAACACAGGGAUGUUGUAAUAAGAGGAAAGCUCUGAAUGGUUCUGUGCACCCUGAGCCAAAUUAGGGCACUUAAACAUGUGUUAAAGCAAAGACUGUAGUAUUGGUGAAUGGCUUUUCUCUGAGUGCUUAUGAUUUGUAUCCCCUCUAGUGCUACAUGUAGUUUGUUGUGAAUGUACGGUCAUUUGGUUGGACAGUCUUAAGUACAAUUUGGAUGGGAUAAGAUUUCUGGACUCUGUUAAAGAAAUAUUUAAGAAUGAUGUCUGUAAUAAUUAAGAUCAAGUUGCAGGGGAUAAGUGAUGUUGGCUUGUCUAUAUACACAGUCCCCUCCAAAUGUAUUGCAACAGCAAGGUCAGUUUGGGAAAGCCAUAGCCUAAUGCUUAGAGAAGCAGCUUUGGGACCAAAAAAAGUCACCAGUUCAAUUCCCUGGCCCAGCAGGAAUCACUGAGUUUGCUUUUCCAUAGCUCACGGUGCUAAGAGAAGCCACGUCAUUACGUUGCUGUAUACGUCAGUUACGUCACUACGUUUGCAUAAACCUUGGUGUGAAUAUCGAAGCAAAAACAACACGGAAGAAGCAGCAACAACAAUAAUAAUAAUGGAUGACUUCGCGUUUGCACAGCUGUUGCUUCUCGUCGCUUAAAAAUGGCGCUCUUUCGCGGUCUUGUUAUUGUUGUUGGUCUUAACAACUCCGCUCCCCACUGACGUAAGCGGUUCUUUCCUCUGGCCCAACAGAGAGUUGGUGCUAGCCUGGAACCGGUUUUUCUGGCCCCAGAGCCAGUUCUUUGUCAGUGGAAACAGAAAACCCGGUUCCAAACUAAGCACUGGCCCCAAACCAGCCCUGGAACUGCUUUGGUGGAAAAGGGGCAUCAGGUGCCCUUGAGCAAGGAACCAAACCCCCAACUGCUCCCCAGGCUGCUCUGGGUACAUUGUACGUCACUCUGGAUAAGAGUGUCUGCUAAAUGCCAUUAAUGUAAUGCUAUACACUGAAGACAUUUGGGUUUGAGAGAGAGCAGAAUUUCAGUUUUCAUUCCCUGAUAUUUAUAUCCACAGGUGUUAAACAACUUCGAAAAAUUAGCAGACCACUCUUUUUUUUGUGUGAGCAAAAGUAUUGGAACAGAUAAUCGUAACAUGAACAGCACUUAAUAUUUGGUUGCAUAUUCUUUGCUUGCAAUAACUGCAUCAAGCCAGUGACCCAGUGACAUCACCAAACUGUUGCAUUUUUCUCUUGUGAUGCUUUUCCAGGCUUGUAGCACAGCCUCUUUCAGCUGUUGUUUGUUUUCUACCUUCAGUCUCCUCUUCUCCUCUUCAGGACAUGAAAUACUGCUCAACUGGGGUAAUGUCUUGUACCUUGGUAUCUUGUACAAUGUCUUCAUCCAUUUUGUGAUGGGUCUGCCUGCUCACAAUCUCUUAAUUGUUGUUUGGUGGAAUGUAGGGUUUGGUGCCAUUUAGCUCGACCCAAUGCACAAAGCUUCCCUAUUGCAAUAUUGUAAUCCUCUCCUAGAUACUGUUCAAGAUCAUUACUCAGUGUCUUCAGGAUGUUUAGUCUUGGGCAUCCAACACCUUGAGAGCCAUGGGUGGGAACCCAAAUUAGCAGAAAUUUAGGGAGCCUGCCAUCUGAUAUUCGUGCCACAUGCCCAAAGUAAAGGAAACGGCAGUAGCUUAUGCUGAUUUCCAGGCUACAGCAACCAUUUCUCCUUCUUAUCCCAAGGUUCAAAAUGUGAUCAUGGAACCGUACCUUUUGAAUUCUGUGCAGACAGUUAUGAUAGAAGGCAUCCAGUUGAUGUAACUGCUGUUGUUUAAGUGCCCAGGUGACGCAGCCAUCGAGAAGUGUUGUAAUAACUCCACACUCAUAUAUUUUGAUCUUUAUAUCAAGCAAUAUCCCUCUGUUCUUCCAAAUGUUAUUGAGUGUGUUGAAAGCACUUGAUGCUAGACCGAUUAAGGCAGUCAAUGGCACUCAACAUCUUUGAUCUGCCAGCUUUACGUGCCGUUCCAGGUGGUAAGCUCUCCUUUACAACCCUGGUCCUCCAGGUUGGGGGUUUGCGCAGGGGUAGCUUCCCUGCCAUGUAAAACAAUCACUAGCUACAGAAACUCACAAUGGGUAAUGUCUAGUCAUUGACUUGGCAAGUCUAAAACCUUCCACAUUUUUCCCCCUGAUGAAGUCCUUUGUUGUGUUGGCAGUGUGCUUUGGGUGAUUAUCUUGCUGCGGAUGAAGUUCCUCCUAGUUAGACUGGAUGCCAUGCAAGUCCAAACCAUGACAAUACCUUCACCAUGCUUGACCGAUGACCUUGUAUGUUUUGUAUCAUGAGCAGAUCCUUUCUUUCUCCAAACUUUGGUAGGGGUUAGAUCGGUUCCAGAGCUUUUGUGGCUCAUCUCUGCAUUCUGUUAUAUAUUCUUAUAUUCAUCUUUUGAUCUCAAACCCAAAUGUCUUCAAUGUAUAGCAAAAACAAAAGAAUUGACCUUCCCAUUCCAGGACUUUCAGAGGGAACUGUAUGUGUGGUCAUCAUGCCAAACAUUCAAUUACUUAAUCUAUACACCUCAUUUUAAUUUUUAAGAAAAACUGAUUGUUUUGAACAUUAUUAUCACCACUUGUUUAGAGCUUGAUCAUUACUAGAUCACAUGACCAUAAUAUGUAUGUAGGCUGUACUAGGAAUGUAAUACAGUAACUUGCCUAAAAUCCCUAGACACAUCAUUUCUCUGACAUGUCCCUUUAAAUAUCAUUUAUUAUAUUAUUGUUCUACAUUUAUUUUGACUGGUCAUUUUAUAGAAAGUAAGAUUUUUUUUCUAUAAAAGAUAAAAAAUAAUCUUUCUAGAUGCAUGCAUACAACUGACUGACAUGUUGGAUUCUUAGACUUACUUAGACGCUCCUGUAUUUUGUGACACAUGAGGCAGUCACACUUGUCCAGCAGUUUCAGUCCACAGCCAAUGUUAUUGCAUCUUUCCAUCCUCUACCAACUAGUUGCAAGUCUCUGUCAACUGUUUGGCACCAGUUCAUUUUUGGAUGUCCCCUCCGAUGUUGUCCCUGGGGAUACCAUCGUAGAACUUGGUUGGCAAAUCUUGUUGGCAGGAGUUGAACAACAUGUCCCAGCCAGCUCAGUCGUUGUUUACAGAUGAUUGUGGAUGCUGGCUGUUGGUUGGUCCGAGAUCUGACUUCCUCAUUUGCGAUGGAGAAGUCGCACCAUCUGAUGCCCAGGAUUUUUUGGAUACACUUGCUGUCAAAGGUAUCCAGUUUAUUUUCUUGACUGAUCUUCAUGUGCCAAGUCUCACAGCUGUACAAGAGGAUAGUGUAGGCAUCCAUUUCUCUGAUGACUUAGGCCAGUUUAGAUGAUUGGCAGAGUGUUCCCACGUUCCAAUAUCCAAUGUGUAUUCGCAGACAGGACUCCAAGGCACCAGCUUCCUUGGUGAGGCUUUCACUGGUAUCCAUCCUACUGUCUCUAGCUGGAGAUGACUGUUGUCCUGGCUGCUUUGAAGCUGACAAACUUUGAACUGUUUUCGUAGCAAGGGUGUUUCCAGGAACAGGGUGCUGACCUGAAGCCCAACCACUUGCAUUUAGUAUAGAGACCGUAAAUGGAAAUGUCUGUUUCCUGACUGCCAGCUGGUGGGUUUGCCACCUUUUACCAUGCUGGUGUGCAGGGUGGAACUGCUAAUUAGUACCUUCCUGGUGUCAUAAGCCCCCUGAAGGUUACAGGUCUCCUAUGCACCAGACCCAGGCAGGCACCAGAUGGGAACAAGCUGCCACACCUCGACAAGGUUGCAAAGUUCCUUGUCCUGGUAGGGUGAGGCUCCCAGGACCAUGGCAGACAUGUUGGAUUCAGAUAGGACUAAAAUUCCAGAGACACACCGGUAAUAAUUAUAUCACCCCAGCUCCCCAUGUAAAACUAAUCCAGUCCGAAUUAGGCUUUAAAGGUAUUUAAACUUCUGAAUAACUUUUUUUUAAUUAACCAAGUGCUUGUUAGAGGAAAACUAACCACUCUUUUCAUUACACAUAUUGUUUUUACUCUCAUGUGUAUGUGAUAUAUAAACAAAAUAUGGUUUUGUUUGGAAAAUGAAGUAGGAAUUUAAAUAAGCUCUACCUAUUUAUGAUUAAUUUUUAAAGUAGAGGAAACUAAAGAAAAAAAGAACAAAAAAGAAUCUGUAGUUCUUAGGCUUACUACACUAACAUGAAAUAGCUGUCUGUCUUUGUUGGCUUCCAGAUGUUUACGGUAGUACGUAGAGAUGUGAUAUCAUUUAAUUUCACUCUGUGUUAACAUGCUCUUACUUAACGACAUUUAUUCCAGAUGUGUAUGAUAGUACGUUGAUGUAUGGUAUCUUUUCUCACCAUGUUAACGUGCAUAGAAAUGUGGCAUCACUUCACACAGAGGUAACACACUAUUAAUGAUGUUUAUUCUGAUUGCAAACUGUGAAUAAAGAUCCUUAUAGAAGGAUCAGUCUAAAACAGGGAAGGAGAAACCGGCAGCACUUUUACAAGGCUUUUUUAAAAAUAUAUAUUUGUAUUAUUAAUAAUUGUGAGGUUUUUUUCUUAUGUUUGUGCAUGUCUCCAUAGACACUUGCCCAGUAUUCUUUAUUAUCUGCUAUAUCAGUCUCUAAAUAUGCCUAUUGCUGACUGGCAUGUGUUGGGUUUAUUUAUGCGAAAGCAGUGCUUUUAUUCAAAUUACCAUUAUUCAAUAUGCAAUAUAAGUUGAUGGAUUUACCACUUUUUGGGCAUUAUCAAUAUCAACACUGUUAAUUUACUGUGGCUGCAUAAAUUA